AUGGCUUUCCUGGGAACGCUUUUGCCGCGGAACCCGGCCAAAUACCUCCUUGCGGCUUUCAUCCUUCAGACUGUUUACAUCCUAUUCUUUCACCACAAUGCGAGGGAACAGGCUCAGAUACAGCGUACGACGCUGACGAAGCACUAUUCGUUGGGAGAAACAUUCGCCCACGACAUGAGCAGCGAGGACCAUGGCCUGAUGAGCACCAAAGUCGCCGCGCUGUCCGGCCUCGCGGAGCACUAUCUCGAGAACCCCUCGCUGGACACCCACGAAGUCAGUGAUGUCGUUUCACAGCUGUUCCCUUGGUGGGACCCCGCCACAUUGAAAUACUACCCUUGGAAGAAGCUACAAUCGUGGAAGUCGAGGAUAAUUUCCAGCAUGGAGUCGACGGGACCCAGCACGGGCAUCGUCAUGAGCGUGAUGGACUCGUUUGCUAAGGAAGCCGCACACCUGAUUGGCUUCCUCCGGAACGUCCACGGGUGCCAGCUACCGAUAGCCAUUGCGUACGUGGGCGACGACGACCUGAGGCCCCAGACCCGAGAGUUCCUGAGGAGGCGGGCCAGGGAUAUUAGUUUCAUCGACCUUACGACCAUCUUCGAUCAGCAGCUCGUGCAUUUGGAAGGGUACGCCAUCAAACCGUUCGCGCUGCUGGCCAGCCCUUAUCCGCGAACGAUCCUGGUGGACGCCGACGCCGUCUUCUUCGCCAACCCGGACAAGUUAUUCGACGAGUACCCGGGCCUGCGGGACACCGGCGCUCUGUUCUUCCACGACAGAAACAUCAAUUCGGGAUCCGAGCGGCACGACUGGCUCGGACGCCAGCUGGAGGCAGCCGGCCGAUCCCCUUCGGCGUAUCUGAACGAGAGUUCCCUCUUCUACCGCCGGUAUUCCAGCGAAGAGGCCGACGCCGCCGUCGUUUGUGUCGACAAGUCCAGGGUGGGACUGUACAUGGCGGUCUUGUUUACGUGCUGGAUGAACACCAAGGAAGUGCGGGACGCGUCCACGUUCAGGAUCUGGCAUGGCGAUAAAGAGUCGUACUGGGUGUCCACCGAGCUGAUGGGGGUGCCCUACUCGUUUGAACCCUGGUACGCGGCCCGCAUGUCUCAGUCGCAGGAGACGGGGAUUGAGUUGCUGCUCGACGACGACAAGGAAUGGGAGAAGCAGCACCCCCGACUGUCAGGGGCACCGCAGCAGGACGACGCGUCUUCCAACCACAAAGAGACGCCUCCGCCCGCGCACAGCUCUUGCACACUACACAUGGCGCAUGCCGACGCCUGGGGCAUUGAGCCGCUGUGGGCCAACGGGGCGCUGUGGUACGACAAGGGCAACAAGGACCACGGCAUCAGUAACUGGACGCACUGGUAUCUUGGUGACCGCGUCCACGACGUCCUCGAAGCAUAUCCCGCCCCGGAAUCCUUGGCGGGGUCUGGCGGCGACGUGGAUGACGACGCAGCCAAGAAACGACAGGAGGAAGUGGAACAGAAGAUCCUGGCCACGCAGCCCGAGUGGCUGUUUAUGGAUUGGCCCCGCGACUACCAGACGUGUUUCCAGCGGGACCACCCUCGGUGGAGGCAGUUAUCUGACGAUUUUCGGGACAGGCUGGAGCGGAUGCAGGGCGAGAUGAGGAGGGUUGAGGUCGACUAUGAGAUUGAGAUAGGAGAUUAA